UGCACAUUUUUAUCUCUGUUUUACCGCAGCUCUUCCGAGUCCGCCUUUCUUGAUCCUUCUCGCUCCAACGUCUACCUUCAACGGAAAAACCUCUAAGAUAUAUCGACACUCAUCCCAAGAAGAUCAAAAAGCCUCGUCGUUCUGACCUGCGGCCCAGUAGGCUAGAAUGAUCGUCCAUAUUUUAUUACUUGGGGUAUAGCCCUAAUACGUUGGUUCUACGCUUGUGAAUUCCUCUCCGCAAAGGAAGGAGGUUAUAAACCUUUCGAAACGACAUAGAAUAUUUCCUGCAACUCCCGAAUCUUGUUCUCGCCUCCUAGGUUCGACGGCGCUAUACCUAGGUUUCCUGCUUCCUACUUUCACUGCAACUCAUCUUUUCCCUUAACGGUCACCGAAGUACACCCCCAUUCCCGGAAUCGACAAUAAUAACAAUGGGAUACGUCAGUCAAGCCCAAUUCGAAGAAGACCAACGUCGUCCGAUGCCAGCGCCGGUCGAAGGCGUCUCGUUGGAGGGUGAAGUUGUCAUCGUCACAGGUGCCAAUACUGGUAUCGGAUACGAAGCUGCGAAACAUUUCGCUAUUCGAGGACCUAAGAAGUUGAUUAUGAUGGCUAGGAAUGAGGCGAGGGGAAGGCCUGCGGUUGAAAAGCUGAAACAAGAAACCGGAUUCCAAAACGUUGAAUUGUGGUUGAUGGAUUUUUCAUCUUUCGAAUCCGUCAAAGCGACCAAAGAAAAAAUCGACCAACUCGAGCGGUUGGAUAUUCUUGUAGAGAACGCUGCGCUUACUUUAGAGGAUUAUACUGUUACUAAGGAUGGAUGGGAGAAUAUUCUCCAAGUCAAUCACCUCAGCUUUGGUCUCCAUGCAAUGUACCACAUCCCCAAGAUGCUCGAGACGGCGAAAAAGUACGGUGCCAACCCUCGAAUUGUCCUUGUCUCGAGCGACACCCACUACUGGACGAGGGUCCCCGCCGAAGCCAUCGAAGCACCGAAUUCUUUGGAAUUUUUGAACAGUAAAGAGUAUUCUACUCGGGAGGGUAUCAUGGGAGGUCAGAGAUAUAUGGAAUCAAAAAUCCUCGCAACAAUGCUUAUCCGCCGCUUCCAAGCCCACCUUCCCCCCAACUCCCCAACCGUCACCUGCUGCGCCGUCAACCCUGGAUUCUGCUUGAGUGAGCUCCGUCGGGGUGUCACAGGAGAAGCCGCAGAGGAGUAUCGUAAAAUGGAAGAAGAGCUCGCGUUUACGGCUGAAGAAGGGUCUAGGCAACUUUUGUAUGCUGCGAUCGGACAAAGGGAUAGAGAAGAGGAAGUUAGAGGCGGAUAUGUGUCGUUUAUGAAAGUGACGGAGUGCAGUGACUUUAUUCUUGGUGAGGAGGGGCAAAAGUUGGAGAAUAAGUUGUGGACUGAGACGAUGGAUGUGCUGGGUAAGGUUGACGAGAGGACCAAGGACAUUGUGAAGCAGUACCUUUCGUGAAGGAUAGAUUGAAUUUUUUUACAUUUUUUACUUGCAGCCUUGUACUAUCCGUCGUGUAUAUGUCCUCCUGUGAGGCAGGAAGGAUGCUAGCAUAGUCUCAAGCUUAUUGAGCGAUGAUGAGAAGGUUGAC